UAGAGUUAGCGUUCGAAACGUUAAAACCUCUUUUGUGAAAAAUUUUCAUUAAUCUGUCAAAAUUUCUAUUGUCUAUAGUCGAUUUCUUAUCUGCAUUUUUUCCUAUUUGCCGCGCAUUUUUGACGUUUGAUGUUUUUUUUUCGAGAGAAAAUUUUUCGGACGCGAUUUUUUUUUUUUCGGUUCAAGUGUUAGUGUUUCUGUGUGUGGUAUCCUAUGGACUGUUUUGUUAUGUUUUUCCAAUGAGAAAAUUAUUGUAACUAUGAAGGAUCGUUUUACGUAGUGCUUCAAGUGGGAUUUUUUAGAAACAUGGCGUAAAUUCCCCAAAACAAGAUGGCUGCUGUAUCGUCAGCCCACAUCCAAGACUCGAGGAUCAAAAUACAAGACCACAGUGAUGAUGAACCGUACUCCCCCAACACACGAGACACAACCAGCCCAGAGUACCAUGACGAGGAGAAAACAGAAGAAAGACCAGUACUGUCAUCCUCUUUCGCCAUACACAAUGUCUUAAAGAAAGAGCGAGACAGUCAUAGUCCAGAAAAUGUCUUCUCAACAGACAAAUUACUACAGAACACCCCUAAUUACGAAGAUUUACGAGAGGUUAACGAAAAUUCACGAACUUCUGACAUCAUUGAUGAUGAUGAUGAUCAGACGAACGAAUCCAGGGCUGAAAUUAGUAUAGACGAUAACUCUUGUUGUAGCGAUGAUACUGUUCUUUCGGUUGGCAAUGAAGCGUUGCCAACCUUCGAGCAGAAAGGGCCUGAGACGUCGCAGAACUUGACUUCAUUCAAGCACAUACAGACGCAUCUAAACGCCAUAUCACAGUUGAACCAAAAUAUAAAUAUGAACCAACCACUCCUCCUAAGGCCAAGCCCGAUCACUCCAAAUCCUUUAAUGUUCCUAAACCAACCGCUUCUCUUUCAAAAUCCUCUAAUAAACCAAGUAGAUUUAAAAUCAGGCUUGCAAAGUCGGAUGCCGGUAGCACAAAACAAUUUGAACUUAAACCCUCAGCCUUUCGGUCUAAAUUUCGGGUUACGGAUGAAGAACCAGACCCAAGAAUUAAGAAGGACGGAUGAGAACAGAAGAAUGAACUAUGUCUCCCCAAAAUCCCCAGAAAAUGAGUCAGGGAGGGACUUUAUUAACCAGAAUUGUUUGAAAUUUAGUAUAGAUAAUAUACUUAAGGCUGAUUUUGGGAGGAGGAUUACGGAUCCUCUGAAUAAGAGGAAGAUGAAGACGAGGGUUGAGGCUAAAAUGUCUCCUGUGAAGGAGGCGUCUCCUUCCAAGCCUGAAGAGGCAAGAGUUCCUGAAGUGAAGCCAGGAGAGAAGAGUGGAGCUAUAGACUUGUCGAAAGGUGAAGAUAGUGGGAGCAGUCAGAGUUCUGCUACUGGUACGACGAUGGGGGACGGCGCCAUGGUCUGGCCGGCGUGGGUCUACUGUACUAGGUACAGUGACCGACCCAGUUCCGGUGAGUUUGUACCAAUUACUACCUCGUUUAGUCACCGGAUUUCUUGGUUAUAA